GUUAUGAUUCAAUGUUAUGUAUGGAAUGAUUCAAUGUUAUUCCAUACUCGUUCAUACUCAGCUCGACCCAAAAUAGGUUGCAGUAAUUUGGAAAUGUUCUUCAGAGAGGCAGCCGAGGAGCAGUACCAACAGCAAAUCGGAGCCACAACACCGCCACCGAUUCCUUUGCCGGCUGCUGAUAAGCAUUUUGAUCCAGCAAAAAGCGCCACAUUGAAGUUUAUUAGGGAAGGCGAUGAAGGCCACUUUGGUGAACACUUUUUCGAGCAAAUCGCUAACGUCGAAGCGCCAAGAAUUAUUGGCAAAGAGGAGCCGGAAUGGGCACGUUAUGCCCGAGAAAAGAGCGAACGAGCGCGUUCGCGAACACCAGCCGACCCAAGCGAUUCACCUCGAGAAUUCAUGGAGAAAUCAAAGUUUGUUUGUUGUUGUAACUUACCUUGGAGUAUGUUCUGCUCUAUGCUUAUUUUACUGCUCUCUACCCUUUCUCACCUUUAUUUUUUCAGAACCCACCCAGGCUAUGAGUGCGGUGGCCUCGACUAUACGAAAGGCCUGAACUUUCCGGCCGCACCUUUCGACUACAGUUACGAAUAUCGCAGUCGUGCCAGAGACCGCGAUCAGUACCGUCCUCGUUCGGGCUAUGAACUGGGUGGUCUCGCUUUCGGAAAAGGUCAGGUUGCUCCGGGCCCAUAUCACGGUCAUGGUCCUGAUCCACCUCGACUCCGACCACGUUACUCAGCUGACCCGCGAUCACCAUGCAAUUCAUACUACGCACCAAAUUUGGAAGAAGUUGACGCCAAUCUCCUAGUCGGUGACACAAUUUCAAACCAGAAGAUCCGCCACGAGACUCGUCACAUCGAUCAGAGCCAGUUUGGCACCAGCUUUGCUCCACCGACAGGCUUCAAACGCGAUCAUAUCACCGUCAAGCGUAGUCCCGUACCACCGGAGCCGAUUACGUUCAGUGUGUCGGCAAAUAAAAAUCGUUAUGGCUCCACUGGGAACGUCGCUAUGGAACGUGAACAAAUGUGGCGACUGGGCGACAAAGAGGUGACAGUGAAGACGCUUCUCAAUGACGACGUGCUUAGAAAAGUGGAUCGCGAAACCACACCCGUAUGGCGUGACCGUAGUCUCAGCAAACACGAAGCAUGGAAAUAUCGCUCCGAUCCGCGUCUCGAUCGACAUCAGAUCUUCACCAACGAACCUAAUUGGUCACGUACCGUUCAACAACGUCGUAAUGCAUGGGAACGUAUGGCAUACGAUACCGAUGCACGUGUAAGCCUUCCUGCCUCUGCCAAGGUAUGCAUUCAGCCUUUUUUCCCCCCAGCUUGGCACAAUCGAGCAGCUCGGACUCACAACAUUUGGCAGCAAGCGGCUGAUACAAUGAGUCAAGGAGCCACGGAUACUUACCAACAACCAGGGCAAACGUAUGAAUCGUCCUACAUCGUGUCAUCUGGUGCUACUAAUGCCGAUCUACAAGUGAAUAGCGGCUAUAAUGCAAACCAGAUUGACUACGUAAAAGAUCAUAUCGACAAGUACCAAGGUGGUCCCAUCUACGGAGGAUCGUCGCAGUACGAAGAAAUAAGCAAGUCGAGCUACAAUAAAACAUACUCUUCAUCGACUCAGCAGCAGAACGUCGCACAGGUGACACUGUUUUUCUCUUUGGCUGAUUGCUCAGAAGGCAUACGCACUGCUCAUGAGGUUUUACGAUAUGCCCCAUGCUGCAAAUCAUCUGUACCAUCUGUGGUUCUGGUUCUAUUGAUCACCGACAUCUUCAGGCAGGGGCCUGCUUUUCCAUUCGUUCCGUUGCAAGCCAGUGGAGUUCAUGGACUCUGCUGUUUAGAGGAACACAAAACGUUCAUUUGCAUACCCAUACUGGGUGGCAGCCAAGGUCAUGGAAUGCUAUGUACUUAG